AGUGUUCAUGUUGACAGUCCGAGCUGUGUUGAGGCUGCAGCUCUCCGUGUGGCCGGGCGGUGGCGCUGUUUCCUCAGAUGCUGAACUCCGUGCAUUAGGUGAAGGACUAUGUUGUGAAAAUCUUUCAAACUGUUAAUGGUCGGAGUCUCGGUUCUUCUCCCGGUUCUCUGCUCGGUGCGUCCCGGGCCCGUGAGCGCGGCUCCUCCUGCGGACUGCGGCCGCCCCGGGUGGGACAGUUCCGGGCAGCGGCUCCGAGGGUUUCUGCUCUGACUGGAGGUUUUUACCAAGUUAGCUCAACAGCUAAUCCCAAAAGUCGCGUCAGCUGUGCGGACCCGAAUGAAAAGUUCCCCCGGAGACGGUGAGGCCUCGCGGGACGUGCCCCUCGCAGCUGGAGGCAAACUUCGAGCGGAACUCUUCACCUCCGCUUCGGAUUUUGGUCGCUUUUACGCAGCCGUUAAAUUUGCGUUCGAGAAGCCAUCGACCGACGCUCAGCCGCGGGUCCUAAAUGUGCGUGAGCCGCGGGGACGCUCGCUUCUGGUGCUGUUAGCGGGGGGAGAUGCGGUAGAGGGCGUGAGGCUCCUCUCCUCUGCCCGCUGACUCUGACACUCCAGGUCCGCGGCUCUGAGGCCUGCGGGUCAGGCUUCUACCGGGCUCGAGUAGAGCCCGACGCCGCCUUCAGAGGGUCGAAGGCCGGCUGGGGGCGCUGCCGCUGCCGGGCCCGCGCACCAGGUCAUGGAGAGGAUGGAGGUGGAUCAGUGCGCAGGCGCAGGGGGCGGGGCGCUCCGCAGAUCCAACAGCGCCCCCAUGAUCACCAGUGUCAGUGAUGGGAUGACAGUCUUUAGUCCCAUGUCCUCUGCUCGAUACCGACGCAGCAGCGUCUCCAUCAACCCCAGCUGUCCGUCACAGCUCAUCCCUCUCUCUCCGUUCUCUCUGAGCGGAGACAGACUCGACCAGAAGAGACAGGAGGAGAACAUGGAGACAAUGCUUAGAGGAAGUCUGCACAGACUCAGUGCUUCCAGUCUGAUUCCGGUUCCUCCCGUCAGUCAGUGGCAGGAACACACUUCAACCUGGUUUCAGUCGCAGGACAGCGGCGUCACACCAAACUCCUCCCCCAGUCCCACCCGGCGCUUCAGACCAACAGUCAACACCUCAGUCAGGGUUCCUGUGCUGACUCCACUGAAGAGGAAAGGUGGAGUCGAGUCGGACGGACCACCGAAGAAGCUCUUUGUUGCAGGGAUAACCGACCCCGCCCACCGCAGCAGCUACACGGUCAGUGUCUCUCAGUCGACGGCAGAGCCUCCACCAGCAGGGGGCGUCAGUCCUCAGUCCAGCCCUCUGUCCCUCUCCCCUCCCCCCUCCUUCACCCACUUCAGCUCCCAGCAGCAGCCUGGACACUAAACCCCGCCCCCCAACACCCACCCUCAUCGCACCUUAUCCAGUGUUGCUGUAAGUUCCGCCUCUUCCUGUCCACACAUUUGACGGACAGAAGAACACAGGAAGUUCAGAAGGGACAGUCGAGACAUUUGUCCCUCUCAGCUCUGCUCGUUGUCAUGGAGUCUGAAUCAUCUGUUGAAAACAUAAUCCCAGUUUCACUCUCCAGUUCAUCUCAUGUUGGACCAACACCUGUGGUUCCAGGGCCGGUCCUGAGGUGAGCCCCGACCUCAGAUCAGUCGACUGACGCUCAUCGGCAUCAUGACAACAACAUGAAGACACCGGCUGGAAGUGUGUGUCUGUGAAGACGCACAUCUACGAGCUGCUGAACCCGAGGAUCAACGUGUUGCAUUCAGACACGAAGAGGAAGUAAGGUUCACACGUGGAGACGCUCACGACCUGAUGUUCAGCUCAGAGGAGACGUCCAACGGGACGAUCACCGGAACUUUGAAAGAGCCUGAUCUGGCUCGUCGCUCGUCCUUUCAUGAAGGCACAGAUCUUCUCUGAUCCAUAAUUGGAUGUUUCCACAGUCUUGUGUUAUUAUUGAGACAAAAGGCAGCAACUGAAAGAAGUUGAUCAGAAUCACUUCAGGUUCCACAGAAAUGUGUCCAAUCGAUUCCUUCAGGAAACGAACAGAACAGAAGCUUCACGAAGUAAAACUUUUAUCAAGAUGAAUCCAGAAAAGAUCCGGAAUCCGGCAUCGUGAGGGUUCGUGAUUCAUCUGCAGCCAGAAAGACGAAGACGCGUCUCAGCUUCCUCCUGAAUGAGGCUGAAGUAUCUCCCAUAGGAACGCUGCCAUCUUGUGGUGACAACGUCAUUUACAGUCAGUGUGGUGUCAAGGUCCCGCCCAGACACACUCAACCAAUCCUGAGUCAGUGUCAGCUGUCAAUCAUGGCGUCUCAGCCUGUUUUUAUAUCAUUAAACAAAACUGAUCAGAGAGAUAAGAACGAGCUGUACAGCAGCCAGCCACCAGGGGGCGAUCCAGGUGACUUGGAUUCACUUUGUGGAGCCUAAACGUCGUCCAUCUUUAUCAGCCGAGAUGUUUAUACACCAGCACUUCGUCAACUCAGAGAACCAGGGUUACACACGUUAUUUGUGUUGUUAAAUUUCACGUUAUUUACAAGUUUGUCUCUGAAGAUCACGACACAGAUUGUUGCACAAAAAUCCAAUGAAACAAGAAACUACAAAGUUUUUGUUACCAGAAGAAACUUCGUUCGUGUUUUAACAAAACGUUUGGUUGUUGGAUCUCGACUGAAGCUUCUCCUUCAGCAGAAGAAAGUUGAAGUUGUUUGAGUCGCCGGACGUUCGAUGGCUCCGCCUCAGCAGAGGACGCUCGGUCGUUUAGAGUUUCUUUAUGAAUAUUGACCGAGAGCAGCUGAUUCGUUCUUCAGCUGCAGUUUGAUUGUAAAUAUUGAAUCUUUAGAAACGACCAUAUUUUUGGAUCAGAAGCCGACUUGGUUGUCGUGUUUUAUGUCACUGUUACAAACAAAAUGAAUCAAUGUGUUGACUGUGUCGUGGUUAUUACCCAUGAUCCUCUGCUUCCUGAACCUGAAGAGCUGCAGCUGUCUUCAUGUUUCACAGUUUCCUGCUGAAUACUGGAGAUAAACUCUGGUUGUUAAUAACUUCAGAGUGUUUUGAACUGAUCUGAGUUCAGCUUCACUCUUCAGCUGCAGCUGGUUGUGUCUGUGACUCUCAGUCAGUUGUUCUCUCAGGAGAUGGAACCCACUCACCAGAGUCACAGAGAAAAGACGCUCAGGGAGAGAAGAGGAAACUUUCUCUUGUUCACACUCACACAUCAGACUCACUUCAUCCAGCUGCUGCUUCAGGUAGAAACGUUUAUGCUUUGAUGCUUUAAUCAUAUUUUGAUGAUAUGAACUCAUGUUGGCCCCAAAUUAUUCAAGUGAAACAGUUCACUGUUGGGAACUUUCCUUAUGCACAUAUCUCCUGCACUGUUCUACAGUCAGUGAAUCUCCAUAUUGAUAUAAAGAUGUGGAACACAUCAGCAGCUCUGAGUCGUUUCAUUCCAACAUCUACAGACACGAUCACGUCUGUGACCAAAAAACAAUCCUCAACAGAAAGUUCUGCUUCGUCUUCGUUUGGUUUAUUAUGUGUUGAAAAUCAAACAACAAUCCAAACUUAAUAUAUCCAUCUUUAUUCAUAACCUGUGAAUCACAUGUUAGGGUUUUUACAAGAAAUUCACAUGGCGGUGCAUUUUUUUCGUUUUUUUGUUCCAAAAAAAAGAUUGUAAAGUUUAUUUAAACGUUUGGGAGACGAGCUGCAGCAGCUUCCGCUGUCGCUCGUGGUUGUGCCUCAACAUCUUUAACGUGACAUCUGACACUUGACUUUCCUGAGCUGUUCAGAUUGAUGUGACCUGUCGCCUGUGACGUGUUUGUAAAUCGAGUCUUUAUCGGGUGACAAACAAAUCGCUGCUUGUUCCCGCUCCUGACGUUUGGAGACGGAUUAGACGUUUUCUGUGAUCACAGCUUUGCCGUUCUAGAGAUUGUUUUUCUUUCUGUCACAUGAUAGAUAACAUGUCAGAUGUUUAAGUUUUUACGCUUUAUCUCUUGUGACUGUCUCGGUGAGUUUAUCCUGCUUCUAAAAACACGAAAUAUUCCUCGUUAGCUCGGAGUCAGACGUUGUUCAGACGUCGGCCUCAGAUCUUUAUCAAAUUAGGGCUUUAAAAAGUGAAGCUCGUUACAAUGUAAAAAAUCUGGAUUCUUUUUUACAUUGUAAAGGCAAUUCAUUAAUUUGGUUAAUAUCGCCCCCUAUAGGCUGCAUAUCUCACUACAUAGUCUGUGCCUAGAUCGUGUAAUUUAACAUCAACCUACGUGACUUUAACAAUCUGUCUAUAAGACGGUUUUUCUAACAGGAGGUUUUGGUGAGAAGCCGGAUGGACGUCAGAAGCUUUAACUCCUCCGUUCAACAGUCAAACUGUUUUCACUCUGCGGCAGCUCGGACAAAUUUCUGCUUUAAGUUUUUACACCAAAAUAUAAGUUUUAUAAAAACAGCCAUAAAGUAACAGCUUUCAUUUUUAUCUGUCAAAUUUCUUCACAAAUCUUCAAGUAUUGUUUUAAAUCAACUUCAGUUUUUCUUUCAGCUUCAUUUACAAAGUUUCCAAAAUGUUUCUAUAUAUAUAUUUCUAAUAACUUGAUUUCAUACAUCUCUAAUGACAUGAAAAUGAUCUUGUUAGUACUUAAAGAAUGUUCUUUCUAUAAUUUUAAGGUUCUUGUCCGAACACAAGAUGGAUGUCGUUUUAUUUUCUUGUUCUUCAUGAAAACAAACUUGUGGAUUUAAGUCGACAGGUUUUGUUUCGUCCAUGUGCUGAUCAGGAAGUGAGUGAGGGGGGGGGGGGCUGUUAUCUUUCUGUUUGCUGGAUCUUCAGUAUUUAAGUUUCACUCUGGCAGAACAAAAUUAUUUCUCAGCACCGAUACGAUUAUAACAUUUGUGCUAAGCUAACUAGCUAGCCUGGUGUUAAACAGAUGAGUUUGAUCGACCUCAUUAAUUUAACUCACCUGAAGAAGCUCCACCUCUGAAACUAUUCAUCACUUUAAGUGAAAACGUACAAAGUCCUUGUGUCUUGAGGUUUUUCUUUACUCCAUCUUCACCAGCUGAUGAUCAGCUGGUCGUUAAUGAUUCAAACCCUGACGUGUAACCGACGAAUCACAGCCACCGCUUCAUCUUUGAGUUCAAAUAAUUGUUAAGUGCUGAAAAAUAAAAAAAAAAAUCCUCCAGAGUGAGAUCCGACUUUAAAAAAGGGCUGCCACGUUUUAUUCAACGUGAAUAAGGGAACUCAAAACACAUCAUGAAAACUCAAAGUAUUUUUAAAGUGUAAAUAUUUUUUCUUUCUUUUAGACAAAUUCUCUACGUAAGACGGAGGAGAUGUAUUUUUAUGCAACAGAAUAAUUAAAUUGUAUAUUCAUGUGUUCAUCCUCUCAGCUGUAAGUAUGAUUCAGGAUGACUUUUAGUUUGAAAGGAAAAAUGUUCACAUUAUAAAUAAAUAUAAUGUAUAUGAAAUCUAUCAAUUAAAGAAAAUCUGAAACCAA